AUGAAGUCACCCGGACGAGGGAUAAUCCGGUGCGAGAACUUACCGGCGAGCACUCAACCAAUUUGUACAUUUGUUGGGUGCCUAGACCAGCUCUCACACACAAGCACCCUUCACUUCACCUAACUCCCACUCACCGGGACCCCCACAUCAAGCUCACAGACUGGAAUCCCGAGCUUGGAAGAUUUCCUUUUGCCCGAUUCCUCUCACACAUCGCGAAUCGAACGCGCUCGUGUAAAGGGUUUCGCUUCUACAGCCUUGCUUCACCCCAACGCCUGGCGUUUCCCUGCCUUCCCAAAGGCCUCUUGCUCCUCUACACCAGGAGGCAGUCGUCCCCUCACACGACCCUCACCGCAGGCACCAAGUUUUCGGUCGUCACCAUCACCCCAUCGUCUGCUCGUUACGAUGCCUACCCAUACAGCCGAAGCGCCGGCGCCGAUGUCGUCCAGCCCGGGUGAGGAAAAGCCGACGAACGGAACGGACUACGAUGAGCUCAACACCCUCUGGAAAGCCAGAGAGACAGCCAUCGCGCUCUCCUACCUCCACCACCCGAAUCGCGACGAGUGGUGUAUCCACUUCAUUCGGUGCCUUGCGAUGAUGGUCGCGGGACCGCCUGAUGAUGGAUCAGAGCGUACUCCGAGUGCGCCCCGUCCUCUCGCGCUGGCGGAGACUCUAGAUCGUCUGACUGACGAGGUAGAGAUCCAGAAAGCGAAGACGGAGCUCAACGCAAUUUGGGGAAGCAGGGUGUACCGAAUCACUGUUGCGUACAUUAUCGCUCCCGAUCGCGAAGCUUGGCUGGUCAACUUCGUCAGUUGUCUGGCGAAGAUCGCGGAGGGCCCGGCCCAGGCUGCUGCGGCCGCUUCCGAAAGCGCGGCGACGGAUGUUGUGCCCAACACGGAGCAGUCACCACGCCUAUUUCAGCACGUCAGCUAUGAUCGGACGAAGUGGUUCCGGAUCGAAGGUGGUGGUACCAUGUAUGGGGUAGAACUAGAAGGAGCUUCCACCAAGUUCAGCCUUCCUGCUGGUGCUAAGCUCUGGACCGCCGACUUCUCCAAAGUCUCUGUUCUUACGGAUGAUGGGUAUAGGCCUGUAUCUCAGAACGACUUCAAGACAGGCUCUAGAGGUACCUCUGAGUAACCGGCGUUCACUUCAAUCUGAGGCAGAGAGUUAUCAACA